CGUCACUCUGGAGACGUGAGGGCUGGGCGGCUAGGUAGACAGAUUAAGGACGACCUAUAUCACCACAGCGUCGCCAACGACGGUAAUGUCGGUUGCAAACAUCGAUAUACCAUAUAUUAAAAGCACCUACAGCGAUUACAACGACAUGGGCACGACUUUAUAGAGCACGAUCCCCUUCAAAUCCAGCUACCAUCGGGAAUCUCUCACAAAUUACACCCCGCACUCUACGAUGUCUCUCCUACCAUUUGCGCUGCCUUUGCAGCGGCGCCUCACAAAGAUGUAUACGGACACCAAAUCAUCGCUCGCAUUCGUUGCCGACCCCGCGCGCGCCGAGGACGCCGAAUUGAGCAACCUACACCGCAAACUGCGCAUUCAGAAAGACCGCCUUACAACAUGGGGUCUGCGGUGGAGCGAAGCGAGCCGUACGGACUCCCCAGAAGAUGCGGACAUCGAUGAGGCACUCGCAUCGGCGGGUCUGGCGGAUGUCGCAGGGAGCGUGAUGGCAACGAUCAAUGCAGUGCUGGCGGAAGCUGAGCCACUAUGGGCGGCAUCUGGGCGGGCGGAGAAGGCGCCGAUGGAGAAGGGCGGCGUGGUGUGGGAUAAAGGGCGCUUUGAGGACCUGGUGCGCGACCUGACCAGCUCGAUUGAUACGCUCUAUGAUAUUUCGCGGGCGCGGCAGAGUGAACCGCCAAAGAAGGGAAGGAAGAUCGAGAUGGUGAUUGAGGAGGAGAGGGCCUUUGAGAAGACACGGAUGGAUGCACCGAGGGUGAUUGAUCCGAGGGAGUUGAAGGGAUGGGUUGGCGCGGGCGUUGCGCUGCAAUCCGACGGUAAUAGUCUACCGAAAGUGCUGGACAUGGGCAAGAGAACCAUUCUCUAUAUGACGAAGCAGGCUCCAAUGAGGCCCUGGGCGUCAGAAUCCGAGGAAGUGUGCUUCCCCGUAAUGCUCGAGUUUGCCUCAUACGACCCUAUCUACUCGAUAACCGGCAUCUCACCAUCGAUGACCCGCUUCGAGAAGCUCUUCGCCGGCCUGCAGAGACGGAACGAGGAGGCUGGGCGACCGGAGUUCGGCGUGUUGAACCUAAUCGGGUACUUUGAAGAAGAAAACUCACGAUUCGGCCUCGUGUACGAGCUGCCUGCGCGUUUUCCCACCACGACUCUGUCCAACUCCGUCGUAUCUCGUCCUUUCUACACCCGACUCGCAGAUAUGCUGCAGAUGCGUGCUCAGGAGCCCCCGCUCGAGGUCCGGUACCGGCUAGCAUACAACCUAGCGACGAGUGUCUUCGACCUGCACUCCAAGGGUGUUGUGCAUGGCAACCUCGCGGCGUGCAACAUCGCGUUCUUCGAGCAGAUAAAACCACGCCCUGACGGCGAAUGGGUCCACCCUGCCGUCAACGCGCGCCGGCCAUAUCUUACUGCGUAUGACCUCUUCCCAGAGCCGGGGCGGCCAUCCGACGCUGCUAAUGCCGCCGAAGUUGCGUGGUACCGCCAUGAGCUGGACCCGCGACUGACCCCGCACACACCCCUGACGCCGGAGUCGCGGUCGUUGGACCUAUACAGUCUCGCCAUGCUGUUGGUGGAAAUCGGGCUGUGGACCGUGUCGCGCGAUAUCCGCCACGGCGUUGCUGGGAUUGGUAUUGCGCUGGAUAUCAAGGUCGAGACUGAAGAGGUGAACAAGCAGCUUGCGGCGCGCUGUGGCACUGCGUACCUGCGUGCAGUACAAGCGUGUUGGGGUGCUGUUGACGAUGAGAUAAGUGCGGUUACUCGCCCAGAUGUGGUGCUCCAGAAAGUUUAUGGAAGAGUGUUGAGUUCGUUGGAGAAGUGUUGUGCUAUUGAAGACGAGGAAGAUGAGGACAUUGGAGACGAGUUACUGGUCACCUCAUCGCUGUCAGUUAGUGCCACACCUGAGAUAUCCAAGUCUGAAAAAUGGUCAUCUCCGUCCUCGUCUAGUCUCUCAUUGUCGAGGAAUCUUGGACGGGAGAAGCCACUGCCGCCACCGCCGCCGCCGCCGAGGCGCCCAAGCAAAGAAGAGCAGAUGAAAGCGGAGGAUAUCGAGAUAAAUCAGAUGAUACAGAGUCUUCAUAUUAAGUCCGAGCCUAUUUCCGAGAAGUCCCCGAUGGUACAAAUCGAAGACCCCACCGUCAGACCAAAGCCGAAGUCGAGGAGAUUCCCAAGCAGCGAGAUUAUCCAGGAACACCUCGAUCGCUGGCACGACACAUUGAUGCCGCAGAUUAACCACGCUCUCCGAGGAUUCUACCGGAAGUACCCCGAGUCCGUCGAGAUUAGCCUCGAGAUCAUUGGCGAGACGCCGCUGAAAGCCAAGCCAACUAUCCUCGUCGUCUGCACCAGUGUUGCAAAAGUAAAGAGCAUCCUCAAGCGCCACUUCUCCUAUGACUCCGCUACCUACGGGUUGAUGGUGUGCCGUGGUAAGGUCAUGCGGUCACGUAAGCGUGCGCCAAAACGAUCCAUGGCACGCGACCAAGAUUACGUCGAGCCCAAGAACUCGCAUCACCAAGAGCGCCCAGUGAAUGGAGCCUCGAUCGGCGCUUUCGCCGAGGGUCAGGCUUUAAUGCCUGUCUCCUUUGGUGGUUUAGUUAUGGUCGACGGCGAGCCUUUUGGCUUGACCGUGCACCACAUGCUCGAUGUCCCAAGCGACUCUGAAGACGAAGAUGACGAUUACUCCAUCCCCACUAUCCCCACCAUCCGAUCUUCUGACCAUGGACCCGGGCCCGCACCACUUACCACCGAGGCUCUCGAAGCCCUAGGCUACGAGCUUUCAGACUGCGAUUCCGAGACUUCUUCCAUCGCCUCUAGCAUAUUAAGCGACGCAUCCUCGUUCCUCGAGCCAGGAGACAUCGGCGGUAUUGCACCCGACUGCGCGGGGGGUUACCUGGUCACCCAGCCCGCCCUCGACGACGUCGAUCCCCGCAUCUUCCCCUCUGCCGAAACAAUGACACAAGACUACCUCGACUCCUAUACUCUCGGUUCGCUGCACGCCUCAUCCGGCCUGCGCCGCCGCGCUUGCAGCCUCGGCCUCACACACGAGAUCGACUGGGCUCUUUUUCGCUUCUCCCCCGGCCGAGCACCGGGGGGGAACAAGGUAGCGGGCGCGCCGGCGGGGUGGCCCGGUGCGCUCAUCCCCACUGCGCAUCUGGGUGGCCUGCCCGUGCGCGCGGUGGCGCGGACGUCAGGCGUGACGCAAGGGCGGAUCCAGCGCGCUGUGACGACGGUGAAGUUGCGGGGAAGGCAAACGCCCAGCCAGAGUUUCACGGUCGAGGGCGGGCUAGGGGUGCCGGGGGAUAGCGGAGCGUGGGUCCUUGCUGAGGGUGGUGCGUGUGGGCAUGUGCUUGCGUGGAGUGAUAAGAGGAAGGUGGGGUAUUUUUGCCCGAUGGAAGUCAUGUUUGAGGAUAUUAGGGGAACGUUGGGGGCAAGGGUCGUGGAAUUUCCGGGGGCGAGUGGAGUGGAGGCGAGGGAUGAGGAAGAUGAUGAGACUAUGGUUGAAGUGGAGGAGGUGCAAGUGCUAGGUGACAAGGAGAAGAUGGAUGAGGUGGGGUUGUCGGUAUACUCCCUCUUGAAGGGAGGCCAAGUGAAGAGUGAGGUCGAGGAUGUGGACUUGGUGACAGGGAUGGAGGGGAUGUGCGUCAGAGCCUGAAUUUGUCUCGUCAUUUCUUGUAUGUGAUAUCCGGUUGUUUUUAGCGGCCCUUGGGAAGGAGGGAUGAGGAGAGUGAGAUUGAGAUACCCUACUUUAGAAUAAGAAUUUAUGAUUGUUUUGCUUGGGUUAGGGCCAUAGUAUGUAUGUAUGCUUUGCAACUUGCUCAUAAGGUUGGGAGGGGCGCUGGAAAGUUGGAAGGUGGUGCUUAGUGGGUGGCUCCUUCAUUAUGUGGCUAAUAUUGCUACAACUACAUACUUUCGUAUUCCUUACGAUGGGCAGCUGCGGUUGGAGGUGCGCUACCUGCACGUUCCAUAACUAAAUGGCGAUGACUCCCUUCAAUAAUGAUGGAGCACACGGAACCUGUACCUUUGGCCCUCCAGAGCAAUCCUACUUUUCUGAUCCACAUCGUCCCGACACGUUAUCUGCGACACCACGGCCACGUGAAUAUCCCAGCUCCAAAUGGAUUUGGACCCGCCGCCGCCUUACGAACCUCCGCCUUACGAACCUCCCUCUGACCCUGGCGAUGAUGCCAGCGCUGACUUCAGCACCGACAUCAGUGACAUCAGCGACGAUGUCAGCUUCGACGACAGCGACCCAGGCGUAAACUGGGCGCGCAACCACCUCCUCGAAGCCCGCGCCGCUCUCGCCAGCUACCCUGGAGCCAAGCGCGCCUUGAAGCGGCAGGUGCUCGAAGAACAAGAGAUGAUACGGCUAGGCAUCGACCAUCAUGGACCGCCACCUGCACAUGCUCCGCGGAUCAUCGUGCCACCUUGGAAGGACGGCAGCACGCUCACAGACGUGGUGCCGACUAGUUCGAUCUUUGGGCCAGGAAAUAUCGAGGAAGAGCUGGAUCAAGCUAUUCGUUUUCAGGAGUUCGGAUAUAUGAAUAUGAUGCCUGUUCCGCCCCGUAGGCAAGACCCUCUGAGAGAUGCGUUCGGGGGUGUGCAGACAAUGGCUGUGCGAAAUCCGUCGAUUAAAUGGGGCGCUAUGGUGCCACGACAACAUUUUCCAGGGGCAGAGGUGGAGGGAGUUCUACCCGAAAUGCAGUUGACACCGGAGUUUGUGAUAAUUAAGCGGCAUGUGUGCGGGACACAGUGUCCUGAGGGGUGUCACGAGGGAGGAGGAGUGAGAAGGAAGGGGAAGGGAAAGCCAGUGGUUGAGGUAGGAGAUGUCGAGGGAGGUGAGGCAAUGGAGGGCGUGGUGUCUGCACAUUGGGGCAACGAUGACUUUGAUGAGAGUGGUGAGAGCGGCUCUGAGCACGAACGCCAAGAGAAGUCGCGAAAGCAGCAGGAACUCGAGACAAUAGAGACUUUAGAGCAUUGCACAAUUAUCGAGCGGCAUCGCAGGAAAUGGGCAGCGGAAAUUGGCGCACUGACUUUUAAAGCGCGGAUUAUGAGUGAGAAGCUCCCAUCAAUUAGCCUCAAUACGAAAGAACCAAGCCACGAAUCAGAGAGGGUUUACGAGCCAGCAUUUAUGUUGGCUGGCAAGAUGAUGAAUCGACUGGAUGAUCAGAGAAAGAAGGAAGCCGAGCUUAAGCAGGAGAAGGCGAGGCUAGCAAGAAUACGAAUUGCGAAGUUCCGCGCGGCAAGGGCGGGGCGAGAUACUUCCAAGAUGGGAGAUGAGGCGGGAGAGACCAUGUUCCAGUCGCUGGUGGACAGCGGCAAUCUCGCUGCACCGGAAAACAACACAGGGAACGAGAGUUUUAAUAGCGCCUACGAGAAAUCGCCUACUGGGCGCAACGAUGACGGGGCUCCUGGUCUGGCUCCACGGUCGCCAGACAAGGAAGACGCCGGAGAGAGGCGUAAGCAGGAGAAGUCAAGGCUGGCCAAAAUACGGCUUGCAGAAUGGCGAGCCGCAAUGGCGGAGCAAAAUACCACCAGGAUGGGGGGUAAAGCAGGAGAGGCCGCGUUAAAGUCGAUUGAUGAUAGCCCAGGGCCAAGUGUGGUUACUGAAAACGCCCCGACAAGUGAUUUUGAUGAGGCUAUGCCACUGCAAGACAGCUACCCCACUGUCAAAUCCACUGAGGAGGCAGUAUCCGACCUAGCAGAACAAGAGGACAACAUAUUACAAGAGACAGCUCAAGAAGGGGUCCCCGAAGAGAUACGCAAACUCGAGGCCACUUCUCAAGAGACUACUGCGGAAGAGUCCAUCGCCCAGGCACUCAUCGCCCCAGCUGCGAUUGUCCGGGAUGCAACUACUCCAGACCUUGAUCUUGAAGAAACUCCCAUUUCUGAAUCAGCCCCCAAAGAGAGCACUUCAGUAGAGGCUACACCGGAAGAUGCCACGUCUGAAAAGUCUGCAGCGAAAGAGGCCGCGCCUGAAGAUGCCACGGCUGAAACACC